UGCCCUUUUAAGAACUUGCGGGGAAUCAUACAUGUUAGGACAAUUUCUAUAUAAGAGGAUGCUAUAGAAGGAUUAUCACAGUUUGUGAAAUCAUUUUCAGUUACGUUUCAAGUCUGACAUAUUCCAUGGCUUCAAAUUUUGCUAGAAGGCUCGAAGGUAAGGUUGCAGUCAUAACAGGUGCUGCUAGUGGCAUCGGUGAAGCGGCUGCGAGACUCUUCUCAAGACAUGGAGCCAAAGUGGUGAUUGCAGACAUUCAAGACGAGUUGGCUCAAAAAGUUUGCAAAGAUUCGGAUCAAACAUCGACCACAUGUGUGCAUUGUGACAUUACAAAAGAGGAAGACCUGGAAAAUGCCGUGAACACUGCUGUAGACAAGUAUGGCAAGCUAGACAUCAUGUACAACAAUGCUGGUAUAGUUGGAAUAAUCAAAUCCAACAUUCUUGAUGAUGAAAAAUCUGAAUUCGAAAAAGUUACUAGUGUUAACCUCGUAGGUACAUUUCUUGGAACUAAACAAGCAGCACGAGUAAUGAUUCCUAAUGGCCGAGGUAGCAUAAUUACCACUGCAAGUAUUACUGCAACCAUAGGUGGUUGUUGUUCUCAUGCCUAUACAUGUUCAAAACAUGGUGUGUUAGGACUCACUAGGAAUGCUGCAGUGGAUUUAGGACGUUAUGGAAUUCGUGUGAACUGUGUAUCACCAUACUUUGUUCUCACACCAUUAGCUUUGGAUUACUUAAAGAUGAAUGGUAAGAAAGCCUCUGAUGUGUAUUCAACAUUGAUUGGUGCUACACUUACUCCGAAUGAUGUGGCUGAAACAGCUCUUUUCCUCGCAAGUGAUGAGUCUAAGUAUGUGAGUGGCCAGAAUUUUAUUGUUGAUGGAGGAUUCACUUCUGAGAAUCCAGGUUUAUCAAUAUUCAAGUAAUUUACCAAUUGGUAGUUAGUUACUUGUGGAGUUGUGGCAUAUGGUAUUGUUACUUGCAAGCAAAAGUCUUGUUUUACUUGUUUUCAUUGGAUGUGAGUCCAAAUUUCGUACGAGAGCUAGUAAUAUUGGUUUUUCUUUUUCACUACUAUCAUUAUCGUUGUAUAGGUGAUCGCUCUUAAUGAACUAGUAUCAAAUAAGAACUCGUGCCAAAGUCACAUCUAGUACCAUUGGUAAUGCUGAAUACCAAUUGUUUAAGAUUAGUCAAUGAAUUGUUUUAAUGAUACCUUCUGCAAUUCCCAUUCUCCUCAAGACAGAAGUCACGAAGGUCCAUGAUAUUGUAUGGGUCGAAAUUCGCCCUAUAAUAUUUAAAAUAAGAUAAUACUAAGGAAAGGAUUCUCGAGCCGUCGUUAGUCGGGGUGGAUCAGGAAGUAGCAAGGCUCAUAGCCAAAGAGUCGACGUGAGCUGCGGUCGAGAUGUCAAUCAUGGUCGAGGUCGAGCACCGUCGAUGAAGCUGUAACGGCUAAUUUUUGAAACAAGAUAUUAAAGGAAACACUCUGUGAGCAUUGGAUAUUCUCUGUACUUGUACUAUUGGGGUUUACUAGGAAUAUGUCUCGUAUAAAUAGAAAAAGAGACAAUGAUGUGGGGCAUGUGAUUUUUAUUUGUAAGAACACACUUUGACAAGAAAGAUUCUCUCUCUUUUACUAAGAUACAAAUAUCACUUUUUCACCAAGGAUUCUGGUCGA